AUGGCGGUCCCCGUUGCAGGUCCAGGGUUGCCAACUCCCAAGGAGGUCCUUCAGCGCUUGGUGAAGGCCUUUGGUGAAACCAAGGUGGGCGAGACAGGCUAUAACCUGGCUGCCACGAGGUGCUUGUCUGAGGCCGAGAAGGCCGAGGCACGAAGGCAAGGAAGUUCUCUGCUUUAUGGCGAGAUGCUGCCAGAUGGUGUUUCCAAGGCCUUAGACCUGAAGCGCCUGGGUCAAGCAUUGGGUGAAAAUUCCACGAUCUUGGAACUGGGCAUGGGCAGUGGAACGGUGGCCAUGCAGAUGUUUCUACAAUGUCCUUCGGUGAGGAAAGUGGUGGGCGUGGAAGUGGUGCGUUCGCGCUAUUCCAUCGCUGAGGCGGCGUUGCAGCGCCUGGCACAAGAGGAGCCGGAGCAAUGGAGGAUCACAGACCACGUGGCGGGCGAAAAGAUCUCCUUAGAGGGCGGUGGGAGAGUGCUGCAAUGCCACUGCGCAGAUUUCUUCUCUUUGGGUUUGGACUUGGUGAGGCAAUGCAACGUCAUUUUUUUCGCUGUGAACAUUCCCUGGAAACUCUUCCCAAAGCUUUCGCAAAGGUUUACGGAGGUGAAGGAGGGGUGCAGGCUCUUUACCUAUCACCGUCUUGACACAGUCUGGUGGACAGAGGAACCUUGUCCGUUUCAUCAAGUGGAGGUGAAUGUCCCGGAGAGCGACACUUUCUCGACCUCAUGGUCCCCGCAAGGGUUCCGGUUUUACGUCUACGUUUGCGAUCGCAGCCGCGAUGCCAGCAUUAAGGUAGACCCACGGAACGAAACUUUCUCAGAGUGGCAGGUGAUGUGGGACGAACCCAGCAAAUGCUAUUUCUUUCACAAUCAGGAGACUGAAAGCUCCCAAUGGGAAAUGCCGCGUACAGCUGGAGCAUGGCAGGUGCACUGGUCUGAGGAAUACGACGCUUGGUUCUUCGUUCACGGGAUUUCUGGCCAUUCACAAUGGGAGGCACCAAAAUGUCUGGCAGACUUGGGCUGGAGCUGGGCCUAUGGAACGAGUGCUGAGACUCAGGUUUUCUGA